AAACAGACGGUGCACUUCCGCUUCCCCUCCGCACUCCUCCGUCAGUGUCCCCCACCCCCGCCCCCGGGUCCCCAACCCGGUCCCCGCGGAAGCGGCGGCGGGCGCCAUGGCGGAGCUGACGGCUCUGGAGAGCCUCAUCGAGAUGGGCUUUCCCAGGGGACGCGCGGAGAAGGCUCUGGCCCUCACAGGGAACCAGGGCAUCGAGGCUGCGAUGGACUGGCUUAUGGAGCACGAAGACGACCCCGAUGUGGACGAGCCUCUAGAGACUCCCCUCGGCCAUAUCCUGGGACGGGAACCCACGUCCUCAGAGCAAGUUGGCCCUGAAGGAUCUGGGUCUGCUGCUGAAGAAAGCAAACCCAUUUUGACUGAAGAGGAGAGGCAAGAACAGACUAAGAGUAGUGUGGGUUCUCAGUCAUCCCCACCAGCAACAGAUCCAGGUCCUGUUCCUUCUUCUCCCAGCCAGGAGCCCCCUACCAAGCGGGAGUAUGACCAGUGUCGCAUACAGGUUAGGCUGCCUGAUGGCACUUCCCUGACCCAAACGUUCCGGGCCCGGGAACAGUUGGCAGCUGUGAGGCUCUAUGUGGAGCUUCACCGUGGGGAGGAACCUGGACAAGACCAGGACCCUGUGCAGUUGCUCAGUGGCUUCCCCAGAAGGGCUUUCUCAGAGGCUGACAUGGAGCGGCCUCUGCAGGAACUGGGACUCGUGCCUUCUGCUGUCCUCAUUGUGGCCAAGAAGUGUCCUAGUUGAGGGUCCUCCAUCCCACCAUCCCUCUUUGACCUCUUCAUCUUUGAUAAAGCACUGACAUUUCCUUCCUAAUAAAUAGACCUUUUGAGUUCUGUAUA